AUGGAAGUCAGCAAAAGUGAUCUGGGGGCGUUGGAGUACAACCCAUUUGAACAUCGUGUUAUAAAAAAACCUAACUCAGAUAUAAGAUCACUUGCCAAUUUGAUCAAAGCCUCUCUAGGAUCUGGAAUUCUAGCUAUACCUUUAGCAUUUGCUAAUGCAGGAUGGGGAAUAGGCAUUGUUGGCACUGUUGUAAUAGCAUUUAUAUGUGGACACUGCGUUCAUAUAUUUGUUAAAGUAUCUAGAGAAUGUUGCAAAAUUGUACGAAAACCUUUAUUGGGUUACUCGGAAACAUGUCGAGUAGCCUUUGCUGUAGGGCCGAAAAGGCUCAGGCCGUUAUCAAAUGCAGCUGGUAUAUUCGCCGAAUUUUCGUUGAUAUUCACAUAUGUCGGAGUUUGUUGCAUUUUCACAGUGCUUAUAGCAGAUUCUAUAAAACAGCUCUUAGAUCAGUAUGUGCCAGGAUUUAUUUUGCAAGUAGAAUAUUACUGUUUGAUACUUCUAAUACCAUUAUGUAUGAUGGUCCAGAUUAGAUAUUUGAAGUGGCUGGCCUCGUUUUCAAUUGUAGCAAAUGUCUUACUAGUUUUAACUUUUGGAAUAUGUUUGUAUUAUAUAUUCAAAGAUGACAUAACCAUAGCAGACAAACGAGUGAUUGGGUACCCUGCGAGGUUUCCUGCUUUUCUUUCCACAGUGAUAUUUGCUAUGGAAGGCAUCGGUGUGGUGAUGCCAGUUGAAAAUGCUAUGAAAAAACCAGAGCAUUUUCUCGGAUGCCCUAGCAUUCUAGUGAUAGCAAUGACUUUCAUCAUGCUUUUGUAUGCCACACUGGGACUAUUCGGAUACUUCAGAUACGGUGAUGAACUGCGAGGAUCUAUCACCUUAAACUUGCCAGUUGAUGAAUGGCCAGCAGUUUGCGCUAAAGUUUUUAUCGCCUUAUCUAUUUUAUUUACAUAUCCCCUACAUUUUUACGUCGUAAUCGACGUACUUGCUACCUACGGAGAGCCAUAUAUAAAGGAGCAACAUAGAAAUAUAGCUCAAAUCUUUACUAGAAUAGCUGGUGUAUGUUGUUGCGGUGCCAUCGCUAUAGCACUGCCCAUGUUAGAGCAAAUUAUCAAUAUUGUAGGUGCUGUUUUCUAUUCCAUUUUGGGACUGCUAAUUCCAGGAAUAAUAGAAAUUGUAUUCAGAUGGAAUAAUCUUGGAAAAUUUAAUUGGAUUUUAUGGAAAAACUUAUUGAUUAUCUUGUUCGGAUUUGGGUGUCUCUCCUCCGGCCUCACAGUCACAAUAAUGGAUAUAGUUGAAAAACUUAAUAAUAAGGUUGAA